AUGACAGCUCGUGUGGUGCUAAGUGCCCGUGACCUGUGUUCAGAGCAAGGCUGCAUGAGUUUCUUUAUUCAACACGGCCCCAUCUCAAUAUGUUUAAGCAGCGCCGGGAAACUACAGGGAGUCGCGCACAGAGUCCCUCUCCGCCCCACUCGACCCCGCACCGCGCCUCUCCGGGCUUGGCCCACGCCCCCGCCUCCCGCCGCCCCCUCUUCCCGGCCAAAGGGGGAUCCGGGCCAAGGAGGCCGCCCCGGCCUCGGUCCUCCCCCGCACCCCCCUUCCGACGGCCGGGCCAUAAAGCGCCGGGCCGCGGCCGCCCAGCCCAGCCCAGCCGCCUGCGCCCCAGCUCCGCGUGCGGCCCGGACCAGCGCCCCUCCGACGGCAGCGCCCGCCACCUGCAGCGCCCGCCCGCCCGCCGCCCCCCGGGGAGCUGCCCGCGCCAGCAUGCGGGGCCCGCGCGCGCCCGCCGGCCUCGUCCUCCUCCUCCUGCCGCUGCACCUGGUCCUGCGGCCCGCGCCCGCCGCCGGCGCGCAGGUCUUUGACCUUCUGCCUUCCUCCAGCCAGAGACUAACCCCGGCUGCCCUGCGGCCGGUCCUGGCCGACCCCACCCUCCAAGAACUUUAUGUGAUCGCCACCUUCAAGCUUCAGUCCAAAAGCUCGGCCACCCUCUUCGGCCUCUACUCCUCAACUGACAACAGCAAAUAUUUUGAAUUGACAGUGAUGGGACGUUUAAACAAGGCCAUCCUCCGCUACCUGAAGAGUGACGGGAAGAUCCACCUGGUGGCGUUCAACAACCUGCACUUGGCUGACGGGAAGCGGCACAGGCUCCUCCUGAAGCUGGCCAACUUGCAGCGAGGGGACGGCUCCAUAGACCUCUACCUGGACUGCACCCAAGUGGAUUCCAUUCACAGUCUCCCCAAAGCCUUUUCUCGCCUUCCCCAGAACCCCGAGUCCAUGGAGUUGAGGACUUUCCAGAGGAAGCCACAGGACUUCUUAGAAGAGCUGAAGCUGGUGGUACAGGGCUCCCUGUUCCAGGUGGCCAGCCUGCAAGACUGCUUCCUGCAGCAGAGUGAGCCACUGGCUGCCACAAGCACAGGGGAUUUUAACCGACAGUUUUUGAGCCAAAUGACACAACUAAACCAGCUCCUCGGAGAGGUGAAGGAUCUUCUGAGACAGCAGGUCAAGGAAACAUCGUUUUUGAGGAACACCAUUGCCGAAUGUCAAGCCUGUGGUCCUCUCAGUUUUCAGUCUCCAACUCCAAACACAUUGCUCCCCCCAGCUCCCCCAGCACCCCCAACUCGUCCAACACGCCGAUGUGACUCCAACCCUUGCUUCCGAGGUGUCCGGUGUACCGAUACCAGAGAUGGCUUCCAGUGUGGUCCCUGCCCUGACGGCUACACAGGAAAUGGGAUCACCUGCUCUGAUGUUGAUGAGUGCAAAUACCACCCUUGCUAUCCAGGUGUGCGCUGUGUAAACUUGUCUCCUGGCUUCAGAUGUGACGCCUGCCCAGUGGGUUUCACAGGGCCCAUGGUGCAAGGUGUUGGGAUCAGCUUUGCCAAGUCAAACAAGCAGAUGUGCACAGAUGUUGAUGAGUGUCGAAAUGGAGCAUGUGUUCUCAAUUCAAUCUGCAUUAACACUUUGGGCUCUUACCGCUGCGGGCCUUGCAAGCCGGGGUACACUGGUGACCAGACAAGGGGGUGCAAAACUGAGAGGAGCUGCAGGAACCCGGAGCUGAACCCCUGCAGCGUGAACGCUCAGUGCGUCGAGGAGCGGCAGGGGGACGUGACGUGCGUGUGUGGCGUUGGUUGGGCUGGUGAUGGCUACGUCUGCGGGAAGGAUGUGGACAUCGACAGUUACCCCGACGAAGAACUGCCAUGCUCAGCCAGGAAUUGCAAGAAGGACAACUGCAAGUAUGUGCCAAACUCUGGCCAAGAAGAUGCAGACAGAGACGGCAUCGGGGAUGCGUGUGACGAGGACGCUGAUGGAGACGGGAUCCUAAAUGAACAGGAUAACUGCGUCCUGACUCACAAUGUGGAUCAAAGGAACAGUGAUAAAGAUAUCUUUGGGGAUGCCUGUGACAACUGCCAGACUGUCCUAAAUAAUGACCAAAGGGACACUGAUGGGGAUGGUCGAGGAGACGCCUGUGAUGACGACAUGGACGGAGAUGGAAUAAAAAACAUUCUGGACAACUGCCCAAAGGUUGCCAAUCGUGACCAGCAGGACAAGGAUGGCGACGGUGUGGGAGAUGCCUGUGACAGCUGUCCAGAUGUUAGCAACCCUAACCAGUCUGAUGUGGAUAAUGAUCUGGUUGGGGACUCCUGUGACACCAACCAGGACAGUGAUGGCGAUGGCCACCAGGACAGCACAGACAACUGCCCCACCGUCAUCAACAGUGCCCAGCUGGACACUGAUAAGGACGGAAUCGGUGAUGAGUGUGACGAUGACGAUGACAACGACGGGAUCCCAGACGUGGUGCCCCCCGGCCCAGACAACUGCCGGCUGGUUCCUAACCCAGCCCAGGAGGACAGCAACAGUGAUGGAGUGGGAGACAUCUGUGAGGCUGACUUCGACCAAGACCAGGUCAUCGAUCGGAUCGACGUCUGCCCUGAGAAUGCAGAGAUCACCCUGACUGACUUCAGGGCCUACCAGACUGUGGUCCUGGACCCUGAAGGGGAUGCCCAGAUCGACCCCAACUGGGUGGUCCUGAACCAGGGCAUGGAGAUUGUGCAGACCAUGAACAGCGACCCUGGCCUGGCAGUGGGGUACACGGCAUUCAAUGGCGUUGACUUUGAAGGGACCUUCCACGUCAACACCCAAACAGACGAUGACUAUGCUGGCUUUAUCUUCGGCUACCAAGACAGCUCCAGCUUCUAUGUGGUCAUGUGGAAGCAGACAGAGCAAACGUACUGGCAGGCCACGCCCUUCCGCGCUGUUGCAGAGCCUGGCAUUCAGCUCAAGGCCGUGAAAUCUAAAACAGGCCCUGGGGAACACCUCCGGAACUCCUUGUGGCACACGGGCGACACGAGCGACCAAGUGAGGCUGCUGUGGAAGGACUCCAGGAACGUGGGCUGGAAGGACAAGGUGUCCUACCGCUGGUUCCUGCAGCACAGGCCCCAGGUGGGCUACAUCAGGGUGCGGUUUUAUGAAGGCUCUGAGUUGGUGGCUGACUCUGGGGUCACCAUAGACACCACCAUGCGUGGAGGCCGGCUUGGUGUGUUCUGUUUCUCUCAAGAAAACAUCAUCUGGUCCAACCUCAAGUACCGCUGCAAUGACACCAUACCAGAGGACUUCCAGGAGUUUCGAACCCAGAAUUUCGAUCGCUUGGAUAAUUAAACCAGGGAAGCAAUCGAUAACGCCUUUUCCAGACACUAACAUCAUACAUUUUUUUAACUUCCUAUGAUUUUCUGUAUGCAUACUGUGGCAUUCUUUACGAGCCCAAAUAUAUAUCAAAACUCUUUAUUCAGAUGUGGAAAUAAAAGAGAUCAUUUCUAACACCACGAUA